GCGUAUUGAGAUGUUGCUGUUCUUUUGCACCAUUUUUGGAGGAUUCAUUUCCUAAAGCCAUUGCCUCAUAACACAGGCCUACUGUGAGGCUUUUUAAGACCCCAUUAGGGGCAGUAACGUUAUCGUUUUCAGAGCAAAGAUGAGUCUCUCUUCCUCGACCUGCGGUGUACAAGACGUAUCCUCCUCGAGUAGGCUGUAUAGUUCAUUCAGCUGUAUUUUACUUCCUUUACUCCGUGUCCAAGUCAAUUCCACGUUCUUAUGAUUGGGUGGAUUUGUGGUUCCGCUUGAAUGUACCGCGUGGAGAUUUGCUGCGGAGUGGCUUACGCCAUCCAACUAGACUUGAUUUGUAAUGUUCAUUCUGUAUAUGUCGAGCAGGCGCCCAUUGCGUGCGAAGUAGCGGUGUAGCAGUGUUCACAGAGCAGAAGAGAGAGAGAGAGAGAGAGAGAGAGAGAGAGAGAGAGAGAGAGAGAGAGAGAGAGAGAGAGAGAGAGAGAGAGAGAGGACAAGUAUUUUCGCCUAUUUUUGCUUACAUCAUCCAACUAGACUUGAUUUGGAAUGUUCAUUCUGUACAUAUAGAGCAGGCGCCCAUUGGGUACGAAGUAGCGGUGUUCACAGAGCAGGAGAGAGAGAAAGAGAGAAAAAGACAGACGAGUACUUCCGCAGAAAUCUUGUGUGUGCAUCAUUACAAACUCAGCGCCCUGCACUUCUGUGGAAAUUAUUGCAUGCGUAAAGCAUAUCCUCCUGCACUGGACUGGCCUCAAGAGGGAAGGCGGAACGGGACGGCAUCAGUGGAAAUACUAUCUGAAAGCUCCAUUUGCCUUACUUCGUUUUACAAUUGCCAGCAGUCACCGUCACAGCUGCCUAUUUAUGAGGACUGGGAUCGCGAUCACAGGGACCGUUGGAGGAAUCUCACUUUAGUCGUUUGAUUCAUAGACUGAUCACUAUAAUCUCUGCAAUAGCCUAGUUUUCUGGACUGCUUGUACAAUUUAUUUGUACACAGUAGCCCAAGCUUAGCCCUAGUUGCCCAUACCAUUUUUAAAAAAUCGACCAGACAUCCGUUUCAACCAUUACUCUGAAAAGGGAUAAACGAGGGACGAUGGUGAACCCUGGAGGCAGCAGCCAGCCCCCUCUGGUAGGAGCAGGGUCCCUGUACUGGAAGAGGUGUGCAGGCUGCGGGGGGAAAAUAUCUGACCGCUUCCUCCUCUACACCAUGGACAGCUACUGGCACAGCCGAUGCCUCAAGUGCUCCUGCUGCCAGGCUCAGCUGGGGGAGAUAGGCACCUCCUGUUACACUAAGAGGGGCAUGAUCCUCUGCAGAAACGACUACAUCAGGUUAUUUGGGAACAGUGGGGCGUGCAGUGCUUGUGGUCAGUCCAUUCCCUCCAGUGAACUGGUCAUGAGGGCACAAGGCCAGGUGUACCAUCUCAAGUGUUUCACGUGUUCUACCUGUCGGAACCGGCUGGUCCCAGGCGACAGGUUCCACUAUAUCAACGGCAGUCUGUUCUGUGAACACGACAGACCCACAGCACUCAUCAAUGGGCAUUUGAGUUCACUGCAGACGAACCCACUACUGCCCGACCAGAAGGUGUGUUAGGAGGGAGGUGUGCAAGAAGCAUGUCGCGUGCCUUCAUUUUGCCCUCAGCCAUUGUCACCCAAGACUUUUUCAGAUCACCAUCCUGCCCCUCUGGCCCUGCCCCCAGGCCCCCGUGCUUUCCAGGCCCCCAGACUCUUACCUGAGCCCCCAGGCAACCUCUUCAAUCUACCAAUACCACUGCUUCUCUCAGAACAAUACUCACCCGAGCCCCCACCCCUACUCCCCUUUACGGGCGGAUACCCUUGUGCACAUGAUGCACCUGAGAUGUGAUUCUGACCCUGGACUAAAAAGUGACUUUAUCAGAACUGGAGGGACAUAAAGAAAGAUGAGAAGAGGAACUGAGCUGAGGACGGAUGGACAAAAAUAGAGAUAGAGAGAGAGAGAGGAAAAUACAAAUUAAGCUAAUCAAGUUGCAGUUGUUUUUCAAAUCUGUAGACAGCAUCACAUUUGUUUUUUAAAAAGUAUUGGGGAAAGAAACUACUGUCUCCUUUUUAUUUGUUUGUUCCUAUGUUUCUUUUCUAUCCUCCUUUACUUACAACAUGGGUAUUUCCUCGUUCCAUAUUUUAAGGGAAUGUGUUUCGAUUUCAGUGGUAUAUAAAAGAAGACUGGGUUAAGAAGUAUCCGUGGCUUAUUUGUGGAAAACAAAAAUCAUGAUGAGCACUCUUGGUGUAUUUGUAAAACUACCAUGUAUUUCUGCCUGUAAAUGUUUCUGUCCCGACAUGGCUACAGCACAUUCUACUCCUGACACACAGCCUAAAGGACGAGACACACCGUGCUGACCAACGGCUAAAAGCAGUGGGUGGCCGCAGUUUGUUAGCAAUCACCUGCUGGGUGUUGAUGAACGGUAGCGAUUCAACAUGUAGAAUCGUCGGAAAAUGAAAAGGAAAUGAUGACCGAUGUUCUGGUCAGAGGCGAUAGGACGGCCAUCCGCUGCUUUUAUCCGUUUGUCGGCACAAUGUGUUUUGUUCUUAACCCCUAUUCCUCUCCUCUCAAAACAAACCGGGACCCAUAGCUAAACAAAAUAAAGAUACUCAUAGUUAGCAAUGUAGAGAUUUUCACCAACCCUAUAAGUCAUUUGCUCCAGUAUGGUGUAUUUCAUUAAUACAAAAAAUUAAGAUAAAGAAAAGUUUCUUCAACUUCCUGCUGGCAGUUAUUCACUUUAUUUUACCCAUGCCGUGUCCAACUUCAUUAAUAGCUGAUAACAUUUUACUCCUGGCAGUUUGCCAGUGAUGAAAAUGACUGAAAUUGGCUUGAACUUCUGUACACACAGUAUACUUUAUUCGUUUUGUGUUUUAGUCCUUCAAUUUACUAUAUGUCUAGGGGGAUUACAUUUCGUAUUACACUAUAAUUGAUCCAUUAUUGUCAUCCUUUUUGUUAUUUGAUUACAUUUCCAAAGCUAAUUUAUUUUAGCAACCCUCCUUUCAGUCCAAAAGCAAGGGGGUAAUAACUACAUUGAAUCUCAUUCAGCAUCCAGGUACUCCUCUCUUUCAUGCUAGUUCUUCAUUAUGUAACUGCUCACAUUAGUAAUAUUGAAAAAAGCAGUAGUAGUUUCCAGCAUAGCAAUUAGCUGUUCUGAUGACGAGGAGCAUCUAAAUGAACUGAAAAUGGAUAACCAUGUAUUUUAUCUCUUUCCUGAUCAAAUGAACAUUUUCUAUUCAUCAACCCUAAUGCCUGGUGGAAGUGGAGGAAAAUGUCCCUUUGAAGAUUCAAUUACUGCCAAGACAGAGAGAAAGUGAGAGAGGGAAUGGAGAGGGAAAGGUGUCUGUCCUUGGCGGGCACAAAUUGAAUGGGCUAUUUGCAAAAAAAAUGGUGUUUGAAGUCAUUGUAAGACCUAAUGUGUCUGAGGAAGGAAGGAGCCCAGUAAUGGCCAACAUGCUGCCAUGCUUAUCCACAGUGGUUGUGUCCCAAAUUGCACCCUAUUCCCUAUAUAGUGCUUUUGACCAGGGCCCAUAGGGCUUUGAGUCAGUAGUGCACUAUUAAGAAAAUAGGGUGCCAUUUGGGACGCAUUCCUACUGUCCAGACAGUGACAGUCACAGCUAGUACAUUCACACUGGUGCCAGUCGUCUAGCCUCGGGGUAUAAGGAUGUGACUUCAGUUACCAAAAUAGUCAAAUAAGUAAUUGAAGUAAUGAAAGAGGCCCUUUUUCAAAACUGGCUUUAGGUAUUUUUUAUUCUGUCUCGGAAUUUUGAUUCUCUCUCUCUGUUUUCUCUCGUAUUCUUUCUCUCUCUCUCUCUCUCUCUCUCUCUCUCUCUCUCUCUCUCUCUCUCUCUCUCUCACUCCCACACAAUCUACGUUGCAGAAAUCUAGGUGAACUCAGAGAAAAACUGAACUGACCUCUAUCACAUAUAAUGGUUUGCCACUUGCAGUCAAAUGCUAAAAACAUGUUUUCCUUUAUGAAAUAUGUUGUUAGAACAGGUGUAGCAAUGUUGUCUUUCCUUCUCACUGAAAAGCAUCCAAAAUCUAAAUCACCACUGUUUCAAGCUCUCUCAGACAUUGAUUUAACAGAACGCCUGUACUUUCAAUUGCAAUAAAACAUAGAGGAGGCCAGUCUUGACUCAAACCAGGAGUUGUUGGAGUUUUGUUGGAGGUUAGGCAAGAACACAAUAUUUACCCAUGGUGUCAUUCGAGUUCCCAUUUUACUUGCUGAGCAAGUGAGUCAGUUAUACAGU